UCUAUUGAGUUGUUGUCCAAAUAGAAUUUGUGUUAUUUGUUCGAUCGUUACUGGACGGCGACCAUCCCAGCCUGCUAACAAGAGGCUUUACCUUUAUUCUACAAAAAUCAUGGCGGUUCGAUGAAUGAACGAAUGAAGAUAGCAACGUAUAACGUGAACGGCCUAAGGCCUCGAAUCGCUCAGUACGGUUCUCUCCGCAAACUCCUCGAUUCUCUCGAUUCCGAUAUCAUCUGCAUUCAGGAAACAAAGUUAUCAAGACAAGAACUGCGAGCUGACGUCGUAACAGCAGACGGAUACGAGUCAUUCUUAUCUUGCACCCGCUCUAUCGAAAAAGGCCGAACCGGUUAUUCCGGUGUUGCUACAUUUUGCAAAGUGCAAUCUGCUUUUUCGACGACUGAAGUUGCACUGCCCCUUGAUGCCGAAGAGGGUUUCACUGGUGUUUUAGAGAAUUCUAAAGGAUUUGGGAUUAGAAAACAUGGUUCUGUGGCUGCUGUGGAAGGGCUCGAGGGAUUUGAUAGAGACGAGCUUGUUAGGAUUGAUAGCGAGGGACGUUGUGUUAUUACUGAUCAUGGUCAUUUCGUUCUUUUCAACAUUUAUGGGCCUAGAGCUGCACACGAUGAUGCUGAAAGAAUUGAAUUCAAGCUCUCAUUUUUCAAGAUACUGCAGAAACGAUGGGAGGCUCUCAUGCUUAAAGAAAGAAGGAUAAUUGUUGUUGGUGAUUUAAACAUUGCUCCUUCUUCAAUAGAUAGGUGUGAUGCAGGACCUGAUUUUGAGAAUAACGAGUUCAGAAGCUGGUUUAGAUCUUUACUUGUGGGAAAUGGAGGCUUCUUUUACGAUGUGUUCAGGACAAAACACCCCGAAAGAACAGAAGCCUAUACUUGCUGGUCCACAAACACAGGUGGCGAGAUAUUUAAUUUCGGGUCAAGGAUCGACCAUAUUCUAAGUGCUGGUUCAUGCUUACAUGAAAGUAAAAAUCUUGAAGGUCAUGACUUUGUGUCGUGCCAUGUUAAUGACUGUGACAUAUUAACACAAUUCAAACGGUGCAAACCUGGGGCCACGCCGAGCUACAGAUGGAAAGGAGAGAAAAACAUCAAAUUGGAAGGUUCAGAUCAUGCCCCAGUCUUUGUGAGUUUAACAGAUAUUCCCGAGAUUCCACAGCAUAAUACUCCGUCUUUAUCCACUAGAUACUGUCCUCAGGUUCGAGGAUGUCAGCAAACUCUUGUGUCAAUGUUAUCAAGAAGGCAAUCAACAGAGGAAGUUGGAGCCCGUGAAAACGAUGCUACUUCUCUUGACGAGGAAAAUAGAGUGCAAAAUUGUGAGCAGCAUGUUAAAAGUCCAAUUCGUGACAAUAGUGAGAUGAGGAAAAAGUCGAAAAAGAAUCAAUCGUCACAGCUCUCACUUAGAUCAUUUUUCAGUACUGCAACGUCCAAUAAAGAUACGACGAGUACUACUGUUGAUACUUCUCUUACCCAUACCAGUAAUUCUCUUGAAGGCACUGAAACUCAAAUUUCGGAAGAAUCUGUGUCCAUUAGAAGUGAACCGGAUCAGCCUGAAUGUGAAUCAGAUGCUGGUAAUUCUUCACAAACUGAUAAGAGUAAGAUUGCUCAAUUAGAAUGGCAAAGAAUUCAACUGUUCAUGCAGAAUAGCAUACCUGUAUGCAAGGGACAUAGUGAACAAUGUGUUUCUCGGGUCGUCAAGAAAGCAGGACCUACUUUUGGGCGCCGAUUUUAUGUCUGUGCUCGUGCAGAGGGACCGUCAUCUAAUCCGGAAGCAAAUUGUGGGUACUUUAAGUGGGCUGAUUCAGGAUCUAAACGUAAAAAUGGCAAAUGAUCAUGUAAUCUCUAUUUACUAUGCGAUGUAAAUGUGGUAUGCAGUGUAUAGAUCCCAACACAAACAGUUGGUAACCUAUUGCAAUUCUUCCUCCCAUCUCUUGUAUUUCUCCAUUUGUUCCUGAUGUACUUCCCAGAGUCGGUAAUUUGUGGAAAUACAAGUUGAGAAUUGCAUGUAUUUGGCCCGCUUGGACAGCAAAAUUUUGGGAUAACUGAUAGGUUCGGGUUCACAGAUUUGCAAACAAAACCCACCAAAUUGGAAGUCUUGGCUGAACAGAACCGGUUGAUCUUUGACUUGGUCAGAAUUUCUUUGUUCUUGUUAUUCAUGAAUUGUCCUUGUAAACGAAUGUCAUUGUUGACGUAUCUCAGUUAUGUUUAUUAUUAAAGGCAUCAUUGUAAUUCACCCAAAAAAAUCAUCAUUGUAUGAAAAGUUGGUAUAGACAGUAGUUUCUUUUAUCUUAA